UUGUUUUGUAUAUAAUAUGUACCAUAUGGGCUAUGGCGACAAUAAAUCCUGUGUCCCUACAAGAUCACAUGUAAGCUUUAAUCCAAAUAAUUUCGAGCAGACACUUCUUCCAUCAACAAAGAGUUUCAUAGCAAUUCACAAACCUUUGCAAUGGAAAAUUUGCUUGAAAUUUCAGAGGCUGAAGUGCGCAUAAACUUCAUUCUCAACACCAAAUGCCGUUGUAACCUGCUUUUAAGGUCCCUUUGCCCUUCUUCUCCAGUAGCUUUCAAAGUCCAAACUUCUUCUCCUCAUAAAUUUCUGGUUAACCCACCGAGUGGACUUGUUCCCCCUUCAUCACAAGUCUCCCUGCAAAUCAUUCUUAAACCCCAGGACCAGAUCCCACUCACUUUUCCUCGCUCCCAUUCCGACCGUUUCCUCAUCAGAACCGCCAGGUUCGACCCCGACCCGGACGGGUCAACUCAAUUCGACUCGGUCAACUCGUGGCUUUCAACUCGACCAACUCAGGCUAUCAAGCUCAAGGUCGCCUAUGUGGGGCCAUUUCUUCUCCAACAUGCUGUUAGUUGUGGGGAUUUUGAUGUUGUGAAGAACAUGAUCAAGCGCCAGAAAUCGGUUUUUAAUGAUUUAUCAGCUAAAGAAGCUGAGUCACUCCUCCGAGUCGCCACUCAGCUGGAUGAUAACUCGGAGGACAUGGUGAAUUUGCUGCUUGAGGCCGGUUUAAAGGUAGCCGCACGUGAAGAAGAAGAAAGUCCGAAUGAAAAUAAUGUGGGCUAUUAUCAGGUGGAUCCACGGUGGGAAUCAAAAGGAUGGAGUGAGUUACACGCGGCUGUCACAUUCGAUCGAACGGAAGAGCUGGUGGCGUUGUUAAGAAAGGGAAGACGUGAGCCGUUGGAUUGCCGAGAUAAGGAAGGGAGAACACCGUUGCAUUUGGCGGCGGCUAAGGGAAACAUCGAGUGUGCUAAACUGUUGGUAGAAUCGGGUAUGGAUAAGAAUGCAAAGAGCAAUGAUGGGAGGACUGCACUCUACAGGGCUGUAGUUAAUGGCAACCGUCAGAUGGUGAAAAUGUUGAUCGAGAUGGACGCGGACCCCACAAUCCCGGAUGAUCGUGGCCGCUCAGCUUUUGAUGUUGCACGUGAUAAGGGGCAUGAAGAGAUGGUGGAGAUUAUGGAGCGUGGAAAGGAAGUAUUGAUGGCGGCAAGAUGCGGAGACAUGGGGCGAUUACAAUCACUCUUGCACAAAGGUGCUGCCAUGAAUUUUCAGGACCAAUAUGGUCUGACAGCCUUGCAUGCAGCGGCCAUAAAAGGUCACAAGGAUGUGGUUUUGGUACUUCUGGAAUUGGGGUCAGACUUGGAACGCCAGGACAAUGAAGGCCACACGGCAUUGCAUUUGGCCGUGGAGGGUGGCCAGUUGGAGGUGGUUGAAGCAUUGAUCGAUGCAGGAGCUAAUGCUAAUGCCCAGACCAAAACAGGGGUCACUCCUCUCUACAUGGCUAAAACUAUGGGUUACGAUGAUGUCUCACAGCUUCUUGUAAACAGGGGAACUUGCUCUUUUCUGCCUUCUGCCUCAUUUUCUUCCUCAGUUCCAUUGACAUAACCUUGUUUGUGUUUUACAAACUCUUAUUCACUCUCUUCAACUUACAACUUUUUUGAAUUAGAACUAAAUUGCAACAAUUUAUAAGUUAGGUUCGUCUUUGAGUU